AUGGCACUAAUCAAACUAAUUGAGUACUUUAGAGUCAAGCCAAGAUGGCUAUUCGUCAAAAUCACCGACGAAGAUGGCAAAGUGGGUUGGGGUGAAGGUACACUCGAGGGUCAUACAUUGGCUGUGGAAGGAGCUUUAGACGAGAUAAUUGUCCGCUUGAUUGGACAAGACGCCAACAGAAUCGAGCAUAUAUGGCAGCUUAUCUGGAGACUUGGCUUCUAUCGUGGUGGACCUGUUUUCAUGUCUGCUUUGUCCGGCAUUGAUAUCGCAUUAUGGGAUCUCAAAGCACGACGACUUAAUGUCCCGAUCUACGAACUUUUGGGAGGCAAAGUCCGAGAGAAGUGUCAAGUCUACUGCUGGAUCGGCGGUGAUAGACCUGCAGAUAUUGAGACAGCUGCGAGAGCAAGAAAAGAGCAAGGCCUCACGUGCGUCAAGAUGAAUGCCACCGAAGACAUUGGCUGGCUUGACGAUGCAGCCGUUCUGGACGCAACAGUCGAGCGCCUGAAAAUUGUCAAGAGUCUCGGUCUAAAUGCUGGUCUAGACUUCCAUGGUCGCCUUCAUCGACCAAUGGCCAAGCAAUUGGCAAAGGCUUUGGAGCCCUAUCGUCCACUCUUCAUCGAAGAACCAAUCUUGGUGGAGCAUAUCGAGGCUUUGAAGCAGCUAGCAGCGCAAACGAGCAUUCCUAUAGCUCUUGGAGAGCGAUUAUAUCACCGCUGGGACGCAAAGCCAUUCUUCGAAGCAGGAGUGAUCGAUAUCCUACAGCCUGAUAUUGCUCAUGCUGGAGGUAUCUCAGAGACCAAGCGCCUCGCCAACAUGGCGGAAACCUAUGAUGUUGCAAUUGCACCACAUUGUCCUUUGGGCCCAAUUGCUUUCGCCGCAUCAUUGCACAUUGGGCUCUCAACCCCGAACUUCACCAUCUUGGAGAUGUCACUGGGCAUGCACUACAAUACUGAGGCCGGUGACAUUGACUUGAACACAUAUCUGAAGGACCAGUCCGUGUUUGCCAUCGAUGGCGGUCAUGUCGCGGCUCCCACUGGGCCCGGACUAGGCAUCGAGGUGGAUGAAGAGAUGAUUCGUAAGAUCUCGGCAGAGACUCAACCUUGGCAGCCGAAAGAAUUCUUUGGUCCUGAUGGCUCAAUCAGAGAGUGGUGA